CCCACUGCGCGUCAUCGCUUUAAUUGUCCCGCUUUGAGGAGAACUCGCUUAAAUACGGGCGGCGCGUCUUGCACCGAGAGGUGGAUGUGACCGACUUGUCUCUCUCUCUGUCCUCUCUGUCCUCUCUGUCCUGUCUUCGUCCUCGGACCGAGCAGCAUGCAGGUGUCUCUGGUCCUCGUCGUGCUGCUGCAGGGAUGCUGCGCCGCCGCGAGAGGAUGGAAGCUACUGAAGAACGACGCCACGGAGAUUUUACCGGAGUACGCGGGAAACACUGGGACUCCUCACGAGGCGGUACUACAGGCAUCCGACGGCAACAACAACAACAACAACAACAACAACAAUAACAACAACGGCAGUAUGAAUAACCGGGCGAAAGCCGGCGGAAGGGCAGCAAACACAGUAUACAGUGCCGCGGAGCUGAGCUGCAGGGAGCUGCGCUCCACCCGCUACAUCACCGACGGGUCGUGCCGCAGUGCCAAGCCGGUGAAGGAGCUGCUGUGCUCGGGCCAGUGCAUGCCGGCGCACCUCCUGCCCAACUCCAUCGCCCGCGGCAAGUGGUGGAGGGGAAGCGCCUCGGACUAUCGCUGCGUGCCGGCCCACUCUCGGACGAGGAGGCUCCAGCUGCACUGUCCCAGCGGCAACACCCGGACUUACAAAAUCCGCGUGGUCACCUCCUGCAAGUGCAAGCGCUUCAGGCCCCACCACAACCAGUCGGAGGCCAAGGAGGUGCCGAGGGCGCAACGCGGCAAGAAGCGCGACCGGAGCAAGAACACCACGCCGACACUGACGGGCAACUCGUACUGACGCUCCUCCUCCUCCGCACGCACGCACGCACCCACCCACACACACACGCGCACAGACACACGCACACACACACACACACACACAACUGAUCUCCUCUGAAUGGGUGGAGAGGAUAAAGAAAUAUCAAAGAGAGUGAAUUGAUAAGCUAAUUGCCGGCCUGGUAUUUAAAUCAUUGGUCUUUAUUUUUCUUUCAGCGUAUUUGUGAAUUCUGAUGCUUAUUUGCAUGAGGGUCAGGAGUCAGGGCCGGGAGCCAACAGCCCCCUUAUUUUACUCAUUUCCGUUUUUUUCUCUUUCGUCCUCGCAUCAAAACCGCUUUGUCUUUAAUGCGGAGACCUCCCACGGGGCCCUCGAGCCCCUCUGUGCAAACAGCCAGUGGAUGCUGAGCCACGCAACUCGCCUUUUUUUAAAAGCCCAAAAGCUCCAGAGUGGUUGUAAUCCAUCUCCGUUUGGUUGUGUGCGUGUGUGUUGGAAAUGGUACCGGGUUCCGGGCCGGGUGGAGGGGGGGCUCUGACGGUGGGAUGCUGGCAGGUUUUUGGAGAGCCCCCCCCCCCCAGGGCCUUGUGCGGCGGUCCGGGCAGCUCACUAUAAGGGCCUGGCUCCUGUGGAAGGACCUCAGCUACUACCGGGCCAGUCAGUUCCCCACGACGAGACGCACACACUCAGUGGGAGAGCAGCUCCGACUGGGAAUUCCUGCGACUCCUCCUAAUUGCCAAAUGAGCUCAUUGCUGUGUUAUUUCAGUCAUUAAAAAUGAACAAAUAGAAAAGCCAUUUCCUCUAGACGAAGCCGGUUCCUGUUUGUCGGAAUCACACGCAGACCUAAAAAUAAAUAAAUAACAAAGUGCACAUGUGUGUAGGAGGCAUCGGAGAGCAGAGCGCGCUCGCUCGGCUGCCCGGGGGCCCGAGACCGGAAAGCUUAGUCAGCGAUGGGCCCGUUUCUGUCGGAGACGCUUAACCCCCCCCCCCCCCACUGUAAAUAGCUAAUAAUUGUAUCAUUGCAUGGACCAAUAAAAAUGUGGCCCCAGUGCGUCACUGCAGACAAAACCCCCUCCUCCCUCAGCAACGGGACGGCGCUUCAUGAAGAACACUCACAAAGCUUCCUGCGUAUUGUUGGACUAAACUGUACUGACAAUGUUUGCUUGUUUCCCUGAUUAUGUGUGUUUUUUAUUAAAUACCAACUGGAAGGGGUCUGAGAGCUGUGAUUGUACAUAUCCAACCUGUUCAGGUGUGUUUGAAGAGGGAGGGAGGACGGUUGUUCUACAGACAGAAAAGAAGGACUGUUAUAAAGAAUGAACUGCAUAUUUAUUUUUUAUUGCCACAUUUAAAUUAUUUAUUCAACCUUUUUGUAGUAAAUGAUAUCCAUUAUUGUCAUAUAGUAUGAUAGAGACGUUGGAGAUGAAAUACUGUACAGAACAUGAAUAAAGUAAAGGCAGAUAUAUUUGAAAGA